AGAAAGGUUACUCGAUAGAGCUAAUUGUGCGAAUAUUCAAUAUAACAAUGAGAUUGGCGAUUGCACUUCUCCCAUUCGUGGCACUGGCCUCUGCCCAGUUUGGCGGCUUUGGCGGCAACUUUGGUGGAAACAUUGGCGGCAACUUGGGCAAUGCCGCAAAUAGGCUGCAGCAAAGGGUUUCCAAUAUUGCCAGCCGCUUGCCAUCGCCCCCCGUACUCUCAAAUGUGCAAGACUUUGGCGACUUUUUGGCGCAAUCGGGCAAAUCCUAUCUCUCUGCGGCGGACCGGCAACUGCGCGAGGGCAUCUUCAGUGCUCGCAAGACCCUGGUGGAGGCCAAGAACGCAGCCUUCAAGAGCGGCGCCUCCACCUACGAGCUGGCCGUGAAUGCCUUUGCGGAUCUAACGAACGCAGAGUUCCUCAAACAGCUUACGGGCCUGAGGAAGUCAUCAUCCGGCGAGCAAAACGCGAAGGCCCAUCGUCUUGCACCCAAGUUGGCAACGAAUGUGCCACUGCCCGACUCCUUUGAUUGGCGUGAGAAGGGCGGGGUUACGCCCGUCAAGUUCCAGGGAGAGUGUGGCUCCUGCUGGUCGUUUGCCGCAACGGGCGCCAUCGAGGGUCAUGUGUUCCGGAAAACGGGCAAAUUGCCGAACCUGUCUGAACAGAAUCUGGUCGAUUGUGGUACUGUGGAUCUGGGUCUCGCCGGCUGCGAUGGCGGCUUCCAGGAGUACGCCUUCAAUUUCAUCGCGGAGCAGAACGGCAUCGCCGCUGGCGAGAAGUAUCCCUACGUGGACAAGAAGGACACAUGCAAAUAUAAAAAUGAUAUAUCUGGUGCCCAAAUCACCGGAUUUGCUGCCAUUCCACCAAAGGACGAGCAGGCCAUGAAAACCGUCGUGGCCACUCAGGGUCCCUUGGCCUGCUCCGUGAACGGGCUGGAGAGUUUGCUGCUCUACAAGCGUGGCAUUUACGCAGAUGAGGAAUGCAACAAGGGCGAGGUGAAUCAUUCCAUUCUGGUCGUUGGCUAUGGCACUGAAGACGGACAGGACUACUGGAUUGUCAAGAACUCGUGGGACAAGGCCUGGGGCGAAGACGGCUACUUCCGUUUGCCUCGAGGCAAGAAUUUCUGCGGAAUUGCCUCCGAGUGCAGUUAUCCCGUUGUUUAGUACCUAAACUAGCUAAAUAUCCCUGUCAUUUUCGUACCACGAUGUUUUAAAAUUCCCACUAAUAAAUUGUAAACUAAU